AUGAUGAGUAAGAUCAUCUUCUACGAGGACAGGAACUUCCAGGGUCGCUCCUAUGAGACCAGCAGCGACUGCGCUGACAUGUCCUCCUACCUGAGCAGGUGUCACUCCUGCAGGGUGGAGAGCGGCUGCUUCAUGGUCUAUGACCGCCCCAACUACAUGGGUCAGCAGUACUUCCUGAGGAGAGGGGAGUACUCUGACUACCAGCGUAUGAUGGGUUUUGGUGACUGCAUCAGGUCUUGCCGUAUGAUCCCCAUGUACAAAGGAUCCUAUAGAAUUAGGAUCUAUGAAAUGGAGAACUUCGGUGGUCAGAUGUAUGAGCUGAUGGACGACUGCGACAACUUCCAGGACCGUUACCACAUGUCCGACUGCCUGUCCUGCAACGUGAUGGACGGCCACUGGCUGAUGUACGAGCAGCCCCACUACAGAGGCAGGAUGAUGUACCUGAGGCCUGGAGAGUACAGGAGCUUCAGGGACAUGGGAUAUAGUGGCAUGAGAUUCAGCUCCAUCAGGCGCAUCACUGACUCCUGUUAA